UUACCGGAUUUUCUGCGAUAAAAUUCUGUUUGAAGAGACAUUCUCGACAAUCUUUUUCCACAAUUAAGUGAUCGAAGCACUUUAUAAAAUUUGCACUCAUCUACAAAAUGUUAUGUGUUCCUUCCUGUACACGGCCUUUUACAAAACUGAGACAAAACAUCUGCUGGAAACGAUUAUCGAUCUGGCAUGCAUGUAACGCUUAAAUAAAAAAAUGGAUCAAUGCAAGCGUUCAUCAAACGUCUCCAAAAGUUGACGCAGGCGCUUUAUUUGAAUACAACUCUUGUCAGAAGCACUGUUGUGACAGUACAAUAGAAGCCUUCGUGAAUCAAACAUGACUCAUCCGAAACGUGAUUUAAAAAAUAUUAAUUUUAAGACCAUCAACAAUUAUAGUUUGCAAAUAAAUCGAUGGUGCCUCAAAGUACUUGCUGCUUGGCCAAUAACAAAUACAUUAAUAGAGAAAAUUAUUUCUUUCGUAAUGAUUAUCUUUUGGUCAGUUGCACUAGCAAUCGUUUUGAUACCAUGCAUUUUUUACGUAUUAUUGGAAGACAGUGACUUUGCGACGAAAAUAGGCAUUUUCGGGCCAUUAUUUAACAGAAUUGUAGGCGUGAUAAGUUAUUGGACACUGCUGAAACGUCGUCGCGACAUUCGUAACUGUAUACGACACAUGGAGACAGAUUGGCAGCUCAUACGUAGAAUCGAAGAUCGCGAAAUAAUGCUACAAUACGCCAAAUUUGGACGUUUUAUUGCCGGAUUCAGCGCGGCGUUUACACAGGGUGGUCAACUUCUAUACAGUAUAGCCAAAUCGUUAAGAACUACGACCAUUAUUGUUAAUAAUCAAACUUUCAUAACGCAUCCGAUGACAUGUCCAGCAUACAGCAGAAUCAUCGAUACGAGAUUCAGUCCUAUAAAUGAGAUCAUGAUAGUUAUACAAUUUUUGACAUCGUGUGCAGUGAAUUGCGCCAUAAUGAGUGUUUGCAGUCUCACCGGUGUCCUCGCAAUGCAUGCUUGUGGUCAACUGCGUAUAAUGUGCGUAUGGCUAAACAAAUUCGUCGAGGACUACAAAAAGGUGAAAACUAAUUCGGUUGAAUUGAAAUUGACUACUAUCAUAGAACAUCAUUUGAGAGUUCUAAGGUAUUUUAUUUUGCAUGUUGAGCUUUAA